AUGCUCCCCCAAUUCAUCAUCGUCGCCCUCGCCGCCACCCUGACCACUGCGUACUUAGGGAUGCAUGUAUGGGCCCGGAACUCUGCUGCGGAUGCUGCGCAACCCAUUUUCACCAGGGCUUCCAACGAAAUUUUCUUUGACUUGCCUCCUAUGGUGCCAUGCCUGAUGCACUGCUUCGAAUCGGAGCUAAGGGAGACCAACUGCGCCCUGACGGAAGGCUCCAACUGUGAUCAGUGCAAGGGAGAGAAGUUCGCUGCGGCGAUGAAGGAGUGUUUGCCCACCAGCUGCAAGUCCGCUCUCGACUUCUCCAAGGCCGACGUGGAAACGAAGAUCAAGGUGUGUCCUAUGGACGCGAAUCUCCUUUCUGCGGCCUUCAAGGCUGCUGCGUAG